UCUACAUCCACUCUUCAUUUUGUUAUUUCUUUCUCAACCCAUUAUUCUUCAUCUUGUUACAAACAAAGUAACAAAUGGAGGCCAUUCAGACAGAACUCUCAAAUUAUGUGAAGGUGUUGUUAGAAAAGAUUGUUUCUGUUCUAAGCUUGGACAACUGCGGGUACAUGAUGAGUAGCAGCGUUUCACUCUUGAAAAAGAUGGAGAAAACACUGGUGGAUCUUCACGGUGUUCUUUACCAUCCUAACAACAAACUCAUCCCCACUCAAGCUAACAACAGAUUGCUGCGUUUGCUGAGACAUCUUGUUUUUCAUCUUGCCAGUUUGCUUGACAAAAAUGAUUUUUUAUGGUAUGCCAACCAUUCUCGUUUAUCUUUUUCCAUUGCAGCGAUUAAGUCUAAAACGGACACUUUAAAACAAAUAUUACAACUUGCUGAUCAUGAUGAAUCUUCUAUUUAUGGAAGAGACCCUGAUGUUGAGAAACUUAUACAUCUUUUGUUGUCUAGUAGUAGUGAUGAUGAUAGUAAAAUUAGAGUGAUUUCCAUUCUUGGUAUGGGAGGGAUUGGUAAAACAGCCCUUGCUAAACACCUUUUCAAUCAUCCUCAAGUUAACGCCAAAUUUGAGUUCAAAUUGUGGGCAAAUUUCUCAGAUGAUGUUGAUGAUUCCAGUGUUUUUGAAAACAUACUUGAAUCUAUUACUUCAAAAACAACCAUUAAUGGAGUUUACCCAAAACUUUUGCUGGUAUUAGAUGGUGUGUGGGAUGCAAGAUCUGUCAAUUGGACAUUGCUGAUGAAUAUCUUAAAUGCUGGGGUAUCAGGAAGUAGGGUCAUCGUCACAACACGAGAUGAAAGAAUUGCAAUAUCCAUGCAUACCUUUCUUUCUGUCCAUUAUCUCAGACCCUUGAAAGUUGAAGAUUGUUGGGCUUUACUAACCGAACAUGCAUUUGGAGCACACAACUACCAUCAACGAUACUAUCUAGAAGAGAUUAGCGCAUCUAACAAAGAAAUGCGAGAAAAGAUUGGCCGAAAAAUUGCAAAAAAGUGUGAUGGAUUACCAUUGGCUGCUGUAGAACAUGGGGCUAUUCUUGGCAUCUCAUUGGACCCAGAUUUUUGGAAUUAUGUGCUACAAAGCCACGCUCGCAAUACAGCUUAUGAGGUGCUAGCUUCUCUCAAAUUGAGCUACAAUUUUCUCUCUGAUCCUUUAAAACAGUGUUUUCAAUAUUGUUCAAUUUUUCCAAAAAAGUCCAUCUUAGAAAAAAAGAUGGUAGUUCAUUUGUGGAUUGCAGCAGGCUUACUAGAAUCAUCCUCCACAAAUCAAGAAAAAGUUGGAGAAGAAUACUUUGAUGAGCUUGUGUCAAGGUCGUUGAUACAUCGGCGAUCUAUUAGUGACGAGGAAGGAAACUUUGGAAUGCACAACUUCAUCCAUGAUUUAGCCAGAGACGUUUCAUUUCUAGAGAUUUCAUCUUCAUACUGUAUCGAUAUGGACAAACAUAACCUACUUGAUUGGAUGCAGAAUUUCUCAUACAACAGAGGGACAUAUGAUUCAUAUGACAAAUUUUAUAUGUUAUAUGGAGUAAAAGGAUUAAAAGGUCUGCGUACCUUUCUAGCAUUCCCAUUACAAGAACAAUUGCCUCUUUCUUUGCUAUCAAACAAGGUACUAUAUGACUUGCUGCCAAAAAUGAAACAAUUACGCAUGUUGUCUCUGUCAAGCUACAAGAGUAUUACCAAAGUUCCCAACUCUAUUGGAAAUUUGUUCUACAUGAAGUACUUAAAUCUUUCUCAGACUAAUAUUGAAAGGUUGCCUUCUGAAAUAUGCGAGCUUUACCAUCUGCAGUUCUUGUUGUUGGCAGGCUGUAAAAGGCUCACUGAAUUACCGGAGGACAUGGGAAAAUUGAUUAGUUUGCGCUACCUUGACGUUAGUAACACCGCAUUGAGGGAAAUGCCCGUACAAUUAGCCAAACUAGAAAAUCUCCACACUUUGUCUGAUUUUGUUGUCGGCAAACAAAAUGGUGGAUUGAAUAUUGCGGAGCUAGGAAAACUUCCCCACCUACAUGGAAAACUUUCAAUCUCACAGCUACAGAAUGUUAAUGACCUCUUUGAAGUAGAUCGAGCCAAUAUAAAGAUGAAAGAACAAAUAGACGAGUUAGCUUUGGAAUGGGAUCUUGAUAGUACUUUUUUAGAUUCACAAAUUCAAAGUGUUGUACUUGAAAAGUUGCGACCCUCAACAAAUUUGAAAAGUCUCACCAUCAAAGGCUAUGGUGGAAUCAACUUCCCCAAUUGGUUAGGUGAUUCUUUAUUUAGCAACAUGGUGCAUUUAAGGAUCUCGAAUUGUAAUGAUUGUUUAGGGCUUCCAUCCCUUGGAAAAUUGGGUAAUCUGAAAGAACUCGUUAUUGAAGGGAUGCAAUCAGUGGAGACAAUUGGUAUUGAAUUCUAUGGAAGUGGUGAUUCUUCAUUUCAACCAUUUCCCUCUUUGGAGAGUCUACACUUUGAGAAUAUGCAAGAGUGGAAGGAAUGGGACUUGAUUGGAGAUACGGCUACAACGUUUCCUAAUCUAAAAACUUUAUCGCUAAGAAAGUGCCCGAAACUGAUUGCUGGAAACAUAACUGAAAAAUUUCCUUUCUUAACUGAACUUGAGUUAAAAGAAUGUCCUUUACUGGUACAAUCAAUGCCAUUAUCUGAUCAUGUAUUCAGGCAACUGAUGUUCCCUUUGAAUCUUCUUCAACAGCUGACCAUAGACGGCAUUCCAUCUUCAAUGUCUUUUCCAACAAAUGGUCUACCAAAAACCUUGAAAUUUCUGAUAAUCAGUAACUGUGAAAAUCUAGAGUUCCUUCCUCGUGAAUACUUGUCCAAUUACACAUCGCUUGAAGAAUUGAAAAUAUCUUAUAGCUGCAAUUCAAUGACAUCAUUUACCUUGGGUGCUCUCCCUGUCCUCAAGAGUCUGUUUAUUGAGGGUUGUAACAAUCUGAAAUCAAUAUCAAUUGCAGAAGAUGUGUCACUAAAGAGUCUCUCAUUUCUUAGAAGCAUCAAAAUAUGGGAUUGUAAUGAAUUGGAGUCAUUUACCCUAGGUGGAUUGGCCACUCCAAAUCUUCUCUAUAUUGCAAUGUGGAAGUGUGAGAAGCUUCAUUCACUACCAGAAGCAAUGAACAGUCUAGCCGGCCUUCGAGAAAUGGAAAUUGAUAAUCUACCAAACCUUCAAUCUUUAGUCAUAGAUGAGUUGCCUAGUAGUUUACAAAAACUGUCUGUUGGCUAUGUUGGUGGGAUUAUGUGGAAUACUGAGCCAAGUUGGGAACAUCUCACUUGUCUUUCAGUGUUGCGAAUUAACGGUGAUGAUACGGUGAACAUGUUGAUGGGGCCACUGCUACCUACAUCGCUUGUGAAAUUGUGCAUUUGUGGUCUUAAUGAUACAAGCAUUGAUGAGAAGUGGCAUCAGCAUCUCACUUCUCUUCAAAACCUUGAGAUUAUUAACGCUCCCAAACUCAAGUCGUUGCCAAAGAAAGGAUUUCCUUCCUCACUUUCAGUACUAAGUGUGACUCGCUGUCCAUUACUAGAAGCAAGUUUGUGGAAAAAGCGGGGGAAAGAGUGGCGUAAGAUUGCUCACAUUCCCUCCAUAGUUAUUAAUGAAGAAUUGAUCACAUGAGUCUUGUUCGGAACUACAUUUUGUGUCACCCCUGCUUCUUCCCUAUCUUGCUGUUGUAAGAAGCCAAAUUCACCUCAAAACCAGCCACCAGGUCCAGUAAUUGCUUUUCUGUCCAGGAACAGAUGAAAAGGAGAAAACACCACUGACUCCAAAUAUGUUAGAUCUAGUAAGGGCUUAGUGUAAUUGAUGGCUUGCACCUAGAUAGCAGCAACAAUAUCUCUUUCUGUCAGGAGCGGAUGGGAAGGAGAAAUAGCAAUGUUGGCUAAAACAGAGAGUGUUGGCAUCAAUUGUGUUGGAAGGAGCUUGUUAAUGAUGCUACUCAUAAUUGCUUCAGUUAAUGCUGUGGACUAUCCAACUUAAUUCACUACCACAUUCAGAACAUGCAGGAAUUAUCGAACUGUGGUCUAACUUGCUAUGAAGAUUGAAUUGUAUGUUACCGUUGCUGCCAUUUUUUCUUGGAAGUCAGUUAGGCUGAUAGGGUUUGUAUUUGCUCAACUGGAGAGGUAGAUUUGUCCAACAGUUAUCUCAACAAAUCGAACUAUGUCAGAAUAACAGACAUAGUCCUCAUAUGAAGAAAACUAUUGUAUCUUGUUCAUCUUAUGAGGCUGAAUAUCGUACUAUUGUUGUUGUCAAUCUUGUCUUUCAUGAAAAGAUCAAAGCACAUGAACAUUGAUUCUAUAACUUAUUUAUGUUGAAGGUAUUGAAGAAAAAUGUUUUAUU